UGGGCUUGCAGUGAAUCUUCAGACGCCGCUUUUGUUGGAUGCGAAUCAUUCGCUAAGGGCGUAGGUACCUACCUACCUUACCUGCCAAACUACCUUACCUACAUAGGUAGUAUACUGCUGCAACCAAUCGCUGCAAUCAAUCGCUACAUCACCGCAAAAAGUGGAUAAGUUCUACGCCCUUUCACUAAUCAUUUUACGAGAUAAGAGCCUGGAUGGUCCAUCCUCCUUCUUGACAUAUUAAAUGCCAAUUAUAAACAGCGUUUUCAUGUCUCGAUCCGUCAUAUUCCGGCGCUUUGCAAACACAAGCACAAGAAAAUUACAUUCUUCUCUACUACUUAUACCAUCAAGACGGCACUACAGCAACAUGGACAGCGCGACCCCAACCCAAAAUGGCAGCCAUCCGGCCAAGAGCACAUGGGUGGGCUACCAAGGUGCUGCCGGUCUUGACCUGAGGAGCGACACCAUGACGACUCCUACGCCUUCCAUGCUUGCAGCUAUCCAGACGACCACUCUCCUGGACGAUGUUUUCAAGGAGGAUCCCACCACCAACGAACUCGAGGAGUUUUGUGCCAAACUCACCGGCAAGGAGGCUGGUCUUUUUGUUCUUUCGGGGACCAUGGGCAACGUGCUUGGGCUGCGCGCCUUGUUGACCCAGCCGCCACACAGCAUUCUUUGCGAUCACCGCUCUCAUAUUUUCAAAUACGAGGCUGGCGGUGUCACUUCCUUGACUGGCGCCAUGCUCCACCUCGUCACGCCCAAAAACGGCUUGUAUAUGACGCUGGAGGACAUCAAGGAGAAUAUAGUUCUCGACUCAGACAUCCACUCGUGCCCCACGCGCGUCAUCAGCCUGGAGAACACUCUGGGAGGUGUGGUGAUGCCCUUGGAAGAAGCGAGACGAAUUGCCGAUUUUGCACGCCAGACGGGCAAAGUCCGCGUCCACUGUGACGGUGCCCGCCUGUGGGAGGCCGUCGCUUCCGGGGCCGGAUCCCUUAAAGAAUAUGGCGCCUGCUUCGACACCAUCAACCUGUGCUUCUCCAAGGGUCUGGGCGCCCCUUGUGGUAGCAUCCUCGUCGGCCCAAAGGACAUCAUCGACCAUGCGCGUUGGAUACGCAAGUCCAUCGGCGGUGGGCUCCGGCAGAGCGGUGUCCUCACAUCCGCCGCCCGUGUCGCCGUGGAGGAGACUUUUGGCAAGGGCGACAGCGGCGAGGGAGGACUACUCAAGCACACGCACGACUUGGCCAAGGAGGUAGGGGCCAUGUGGACUGCUCUCGGCGGCAAGUUGACCUACCCGGUGCACACAAACAUGUGCUGGCUGGACCUUGACGCGGCCGGAAUCUCGGGGGCCAGGUUUGUGGAGAUUGGGGAACAGGAGGGCUUGAAGCUGGGACAAGGGAGGAUUAUUACACACUACCAGAUAUGGCAGAACAGGGAAGUGGCUGUCCCUAAGCUCAAGCGCGUAUUCGAGAGGGCCAUGGCAGAGGGAGGUGGCAAGCCUAAUGGCCAGAGUGAAGCUGGGUCAAAGUCACAGUACGCAACCAAAUGAUGGACAGGCUUCUGAAUUUGAAGUUGCGGAUAUUGAAUCGAUCAGUUCGAAUGUUGGCUGGUUAUAUUACAUGUUUCCUUGUGGCACUGGUUGCUGCCGGGACCUAUAGUGAUACCCUGUCUUUCUCUUUUUUUUUUUUUUUUUUUUUUUUGAAGAAAAAAACAAACAUUCGCUCAGCUGAGGGCAUUUGAUGCGAGUUCAAUCUGGUUGUUCUUUGAUUUAAUCAUAGUCUAUUAGCUUUAAGAUCCAGAUAUAUAGGGGAUGUGAGACUUGAUUGAUGAUAAAGCACGUACGGGAAUGCAU